GGGCUUCGGCUUUCGGAGCUGGGAGAGUGAUUUUGGCAUUAGCGACGAGAGGACGCUUCAUCCGUCCUCCUCACACGCCGUCCUUGCCGUUUUUACAUGACUCCGUGCUCACGCCGUCUCCCGAGAAACGACGAGACGCCAUUCGAGGCUCCGGGAUGUACACGGCCGGGCUCAACCCGUUUUACGCAUCCAACUUCAGCCUGUGGUCCGCGUACUGCGCGGGGGGCUUCGCUGUGGAUACGAUGAAGAAGCCGUCGUUUUGCAUCGCGGACAUUUUACAGGCAGGGGAUGCGGAGAACCUGUCGGGCUCGUCGGCGCUCAUGGUGCACAUGGGCCACCACCACCACCACCACCACCACGGGCGCGCGCAGCAGGGCCACCCCGGCGGCUCCCCGCUGCGCCCGUCCCCCGUUGCGCCGGAGCCGUCCGUGUACGGGUCGCGGCUGAGUCCGGCGUCUCCGUACCACAGACACGGACUACAGCUGACCUCAGUGUCCAGAACUGCAUUUAACUCCCAACAAGCUCCCCCGCCCUCCAGCAAAGACCUCAAAUUCGGAAUUGAUCGGAUAUUGUCGACAGAUUUUGACCCCAAAGUCAAAGAGAAGUCGUCGUUAAGAGAUCUCACGUCCAUUGUUAGCUCGAGCCGUCAGUCAGGAAUCCAUGUCCCCGUUCAGCCUCCGGCCAGCCAGUACUUCUCCUCCAUAGACCCGGGCAUGGGCGACGCGUCCUCCAUGAUGGGUUCACUAGGCAGCAGCAGCAGGCAAUCAGGCCAGCAUCAGUUUCAGGACUCCUUCCCAGGUCCAUACGCGGUCCUCACCAAAGACACCAUGCCCCAGACGUACAAGCGGAAAAGGUCGUGGUCCAGGGCGGUGUUCUCAAACCUGCAGAGAAAGGGCCUCGAGAAGAGAUUUGAGAUACAGAAGUACGUCACCAAGCCGGACAGGAAGCAGCUGGCCGCGAUGCUCGGGCUGACGGACGCUCAGGUGAAGGUGUGGUUCCAGAACCGGCGCAUGAAGUGGAGACACUCCAAAGAGGCCCAGGCCCAGAAGGACAAGGACGGCAAGGCGGACAAGGGCGCGUCGGAGUCCGGCGGCAGAGACGCGAAGGAGCCGCUGGAGUCGGAGUGCGAGAGCGAGGCCGCCAGCGACUGCGAGUCCGACGAGGCCGCGGAGGAGGAGGGCUGUCAGGGGCACACGGACGUUACGGAGCACAGCAAGACCAGCGUGAUCACGAGCGGCGGAGGCGCGGAGGCGGCGGCGGCCGCAGAGACUGACCCGCCGGCCUCGCACGUGCUGAUGUGAGGCCGGCGCGAGCGGGGCGAGGUUUAUUUAAUUGGCACAGGAACGACCGUGAUCUUUUUUUUUUUUUUUUUUUUUUACAUACACCUGUUGUGUCAGAGAGCGAAACACCUGCAUCCGUUUAAUCCUGGGAACAAGUAGCUCCAGCAGUAGCCACCGUUUGCUCGGCAUCGUGGGAUGUUUAAGCCUAAUGACCCCGAGGUAAAACCAACCAGCUUCCGGCCGCAGGCGUCUCCUCACUCGUUUUCUGUGUGCGUCGGGUUUUUCCUCCAUGUGAAGGAAUCAUGCGGUCGUGAAUUUUAUUGUUAGGUUAUGAACCACUCGUUUCACUUCAUAAACGGAAUCUCAGAACAUCACGGCAGUGUUUAUUCUUUUUGAAUUUAUAUAGUUGUGCUAUUUUGUUAAUAAUAAUUUGCACUGAAAAUAUUGUAAAUAAAAUGUUUCUUACUUUGAAAAUCCGACUAUAAUGUAUUAUUAUUAAUAUCUAAUAUUUUAUUUAUUUUAUGUAUAGUUUAUAUUGUAGAACAAUAAUUUGCUUUCGUGUCAUGAAUAAUAUGUGAAAGGUUAGAUCUGCUCCAAUGAGCUCUGGUAUUUUAAACACUGUUGCAGAGGCUCGUCCGCGAAAGCGCGCUCCCGUUGCCUGUUUUUCAAAAUGGGGUCAUGGAGGAGUUCAGGUCCAACUUUAGGCCUUUACGCACCCUGGUGCCAUUCAACUGUCCCCCUGGAGCUCUGGCAGCGCCGAGAACGGGGGAAAUUUAUAGUUUGUGUACAUUUGCUGGCUCCGGAUAGCGGCGACCUGGAAAAGUGUGUCCAGAUACAAUCAACAUCAACCCCAUCGCCCCUCGCAGUCUCCCUGAAAAGAAAAUGAUGCCACAAAUACCGUAAGAAAUUCCAGAGAGUAUUAUUAUUAUUAUUAUUAUUCCUAUUUCUUAUGGUGGAAGAGUCUGUAAUUCAUUAAUAGUGCGAACCUUGAUGACAUCAAGCUCUGGGUAAGUGGUUUUAAAACGCAGCUGCAGUUCACGCACAACCUAAGAUGGUGGGAGAUAAUAAGCCAACGCGACUCAUUACUGUCUAUAUUAAGUGCUCAGUGACUUUUAGGGGCUCAUAAGUAGUUGAAAGCUUUUAGUUAAAUCGUCUGUCAAUAGGUUUGUUGAGGAAAAGUAAAUAAAAUGAAAGCUUGUUGAAAUAAUUAGCUUCACAUCAGUCCAUUAUUCCAUACAAAGUUUGACCUAAAAUACAGGAAGCAGUGAAAAUAAUAAAUACUGCAAUAUAAUAAUCAUAAUAUUUAAAUAAGCCCACGUUUAUUUAGAUGUAAGCACAGUUUUCAGGGUUUUGUACUUGAGUGUUUCCUUUUUAUGAACCUUCAGUGAUUCCAUACUUUUACUCCACUUUUUAAUUUCUAAUCAUUGUUUGCAGAUUUUUUCAUUAAACCAGGGACCCCCGACCCAGACGGACCCCUGCCCUGCACGCUUUCCUGCUACUGUCGCACUCGACCAACUGAUGACUGGAAGAAACUCACUUGCUCUGUUGUUCCCACUGGGCCCUGAUUGAGUCACACACCGCAUGCAGGCAAUAACUCACCGCCAGCUGCAUUCAGAACAAUUAAAGCUCAAUGAUUGCAGCGCGGAGAAGUCGCCCACCUCGGGGCUGAAUACCCACUCCCAGGCCUCCUCCACUUCCUCUGAUUCAAACGGACACGUGUACCAGCUCCUCCAGCCCAACAUCGUACGGAGCUGCUCAACUCUUGUGCCCACGGCUGCUAAUGACUCUCAUGCUAAUACCGGCAUCCUCUCGUAUUAUUCCGCACAAGCUGUUGCAGCUGUCAAAAAUGUAAAACGCUUCGCUUCCUGCAUGACAGAGGAUGAUUUCGCCGAGAGAUCAACAGCAAACAGCAGGCCGAUGAAGCGGAAGCGCACGAUGCAGGAAAAGCGAUGAGCACGCAAACGGCGGGAGACAAGAGGCGCGGAGCCGUGAUGUCAUGCGUCCCAGCUUCCAGGGUGACGGCCAGCGGUAACAGCCUGAGUCAGAGGAUGACAUCAACGCCACAAGCUGUCAGACAGACACACAGGGGGCGACAGGAAGUGCUGCUGGAGGGGGACGAGCGAAGGCGGAAGUGACAGACGGACGCUCGGCAGCUCCCACAUUCGUUCAUCGGUUUCCAACCACGCGAGUCUCCAUCCCUCAGCCUCAGGCACAAACAAGGCUCCUUCAGGCCAGCCAUGGUUUGAAGAUGCUGGUGUGUGUCCUGGUUUAUCCGCCUCCUCGCCUGUAGCAAGAAGCGGCAAACGCAUCAGCAUGUUAAGUCCAAAGUGCAUGGCUGAAUAAUCGCACCCUCUCCCUCUGCUCUCGAACCGUCCCAGACUUGAAAUGUCUCCCAGAGUUACUGAGAUGUUACACUGUCACUGUGCAAGUCUGGAUUUGAAGUUACAAAUCCUUAGAGCCCCGCAGUCCAACCAAGCGAGACCCUGAGUCACCAGCUGCAGUGUGUGUGUGUGUGUGUGUGUGUGUGUGUGUGUGUGUGUGUGUGUGUGUGUGUGUGUGUGUGUGUGUGUGUUCAGACAGAGUACGAGACUCCACAACUCAAUUAAUGUCAACCUCACACAGCGAAUCCAACAUCCAUUGUCUUUAUGCGCCAGGCAUAAAAUUAAAACAUCCCCCCCGA